AAUUUGCCGCGUUUUGUCCGGUUCAUUAUUCAGAGGCCUACCGGAAACUUCUUUAAUGUCUAUGGUCGUUAUAGUCUGUGGUGGUCAUAGUUACAGGCUCAGAAUAAUAACAAUUUCAGCUGUCAGUGUCAGAGGAACUUCAAAAAUUCUGACGUAAAGUGACCUUCACCUCUACAUCCACAAAAAUUAAAUCAAAACAAAAGUGUAUUUGAAAUAAAUUCAACAUGUUUCGUAAUACUUUAAGAACGUGUUUGGUGCCUAAAAACAAAGAGGCUCAAAGAGCUGCUCACACGACCAAGUUGGAUGAGAUCAGAGAGAAACUCCGCGGAGGUCCAGGCCUUGCUGACUUCGUGUCGGAAGACCGCCCUAAGGACUGGGCGGAGUAUGAGGGCAAGUUGAAGAGGGAGAAGGGAGAUGCAGAGAGGCUGAGGCUGCCUCCGUGGCUGAAGACCACUAUUCCCACAGGCUCCAAGUUCAGCGAGCUGAAGGCUCAGCUCCGUAGCUUGAACUUGAGCACCGUGUGUGAGGAGGCGCGCUGCCCCAACAUUGGAGAGUGCUGGAGCGGUGGCCAGCAUGGCACCUCCACCGCUACUAUCAUGCUAAUGGGCGACACCUGCACUCGUGGCUGCAUGUUCUGCUCUGUGAAGACAUCUCGUGCGCCGCCGCCGCUCGACCCGAAUGAACCCGCCCACACAGCGGCUGCUAUCAAGCAGUGGGGGCUUGGAUAUAUCGUGUUGACUAGUGUGGAUAGGGAUGAUUUGCCGGAUGGUGGGUCUGCACACCUUGCAGAAACUGUCAGAGAAAUAAAGAAACAAAACUCUGAAAUCCUGGUAGAGUGCCUAGUGCCAGACUUCCGCGGCAACAAAGAAUCCAUAGCGCGACUAGCCGAUUGCGGACUCGACGUGUUCGCACACAACAUAGAGACGGUAGAGCGACUCACGCCCUUCGUGAGAGAUCGGCGCGCCGGCUACCGCCAGACCCUGAAGGUGCUUCAGACGGCCAAGGACAUCAACCCCGACCUCGUCACCAAGUCUUCCAUCAUGCUGGGACUUGGAGAAACGGAUGAACAGGUCGAGCAGACUAUGAAAGAUCUCCGUUCAGUCGGCGUAGACUGCCUAACCCUAGGCCAGUACAUGCAGCCGACAAAACGUCACCUGAAAGUGUUCGAAUACGUCACUCCAGCCAAGUUCAAGCAAUGGGAGGAAAGGGGGGCAGAACUAGGCUUCUUGUAUACCGCUAGUGGGCCUUUAGUAAGGUCUUCUUAUAGGGCCGGAGAGUUCUUUAUUUCGAGCCUGCUGAAGGAUAGGAAGGCUAAGAGCGUAUGACCCGAGGUUGAUUAGGUUUGGUUGUUGUGGUGGCGAUUGAUGUUGAACUAUGUUCGUUUGACGUAACACGACCCUAAAACGAAACGAAAAUCGUUUUAGGGUCGUGUUACGUCAAACGAACAUAGAGCUAAAGUUAGAACGAGGACAUUGUUUCAACGUGGGAAAUAGAGCCUUGAGUCAUUGUAACAAGGAUAUAUGUAUUGACUGGUGAACCUAUUUAAGGUGCAGUUUUUCUAUUUAUAGCUCUAUGUUCGUUUUGUAAUACCGGAUAUUAGUGAAUACUCAAUGUAAGUCGCCACCUUUUACGUUCCUGUUUACCAAAGCAUUCUGAAAUUGAUGGAAAAUUAGACUAAGCAUAUAUUUUUGUAAAUAAUGAUAGAAUACACAGCGCUUGAAGAUUCCAUCGGCAAUUAUUUUGUUGUGAAUUAUUUUGUUUAUCAAAGAGUUAGGCUUGUCAAAAGUUGUAGAAUAUAUAUUUUGUUAACUUGUGUUAGACGGUGCGGUGGAACCUUUCAAAAUGUGCUAUACUCGAUUGUAUGUAGACAUACUAUACAUAUACCUACGGACUAGCUAGAAAUACGUGUCUUUAAAUUUGGCGUAUAUGGCUUUUAUUAUGGACUGUAUACGUAAACAAAAUAGAGCAUUUUUAAUAUAUUAAUUAGCAAAAAUAAACUAAAAGUGAGAUUUUAGAAUAAAGUCACAAUUGUAAUGUUUCCUAAUGAAUUUCUAUUAUUUUAUUAAGAGUAAU